AUGGCCGUCCACACGGUGCUUCAGCUGCUCCUGCUGCUUUCUUGCAUCAGCAGCACCGCCACCACGGCUAAGACUCCAUUAGCAGCGCGAGCGUCCGGUUCCGGAGCUCCGAGACACCAACAGGGCAUCAGGAGGUUCCCAUCUGCCAAUUGUCCAAACAAAUGCGGCGAUAUGGACAUUAUGUUUCCCUUCGGCAUCGGCCCCGGCUGCUCUCGGCAGACCGGCUUUGACCUCUUCUGCGACAACACCACGUACCAUCCAAUGCUCUAUCUCAGCGACCGCGUCACGGAGGUGAUGUUCAUGGGCGACACCGGCGGUCCAACGGGUAUCAUUGGCGGUAUAUUAAUCGACUUAUCAAUUGCCAUCUCAACGAGUCCGAGUGCUGAAGUGCACAAUGCAUCACUAAAGACCCCCUCUAGCAAUUUUGUUUUCGCUCUCUCUGACCUGUAUAUCACCGUGUGCAAUUUCUACACCUACUUGAUUGGAAACUCAAACAUAAGUCCGGAAAUCCCGUUUUGCACUUCCUGUGACGCGGACGAGUCAGACUCAGAACCCGAUAUGGUUUACGGGAAGAAAUGCAACGAUGGACCACCCUUCGAAGCCUAUAUGGUUGCCAAUCCCGUGCAGCUCAAGUUUGUCCCCCUCGAGGAGUCCCGGCAGGUGCAGCGCCAAACUGCGACGGUGGAAGCUAAGCUAUACUGGAAUAUAAAUGACCAACAUACAUGUGCCACCGCUUCGGCAGAUGAGGCCAACUUUGCCUGCGUCAGCAAACAUAGCUCGUGCGUGGACACCAUGUACAUGCCUGGUUACUCAUGUUGUUGUGAUGCUGGUUACACGGGCAACCCGUAUGUACUCGGUGGCUGCUCGCGUGAUAACGGAUACAAUCCAUCAGCGGGACGAAAUGUGACGUGCACUCGGUCUUGUGGCCAAAUCAAGGUUCCCUUUCCAUUUGGACUAGAAGAUGGAUGUUCCGGGAAGACCGAAUUUAUACUAUCCUGCGACCCGUUAGAUUCCACGCUGAAUCUAGAAUUUGAAACAAAGGAACGUAUCACAAACAUCAAUAUAACUGAGGGGUUCUUGGACACCGAAGGUGUAUCUGGUGAUCAAUUGGAACCUUCUUUCUAUAACCAAUACUACAUUUCUGACAGAGACUCAAUGAGACUACGAUGGGUCAUCGCAAAUUUAACUUGCCAAGAGGCACAUCAAAAUAUAUCUACAUAUGCAUGUGUCAGCCACAAUAGCAGAUGCUUACACAGUGACUCAACAGUAAUGGGUUAUCGAUGUAAAUGCAAUGAUGGAUAUGCAGGAAAUCCGUAUGUUACCGGCCCCAAUGGCUGCGAGUGCAAGGUACCCGGCCUUUGUAAAGGUGUAUGUCACAACACUGUUGGAAGUUACUUUUGUACCAACUGCUCCGGUAUCGCUAUUGGGCUUGGUAUUGGCUUUGGGCUUCUACUUCUUUGCUUAAGUGCAAUGUUUAUCUUUCGUAGAUGGAGAAGAGACAUCCAAAAGAAACUGAGAAGGAAGUGGUUUACAGAGAAUCAUGGCCUCCUUCUAGAAAAAUUAAUAGCAUCGAGUGAAGAUGGAAAUGAGAGGACAAAGAUUUUCUCUCUAGGAGAGUUAGAGCAGGCAACAAACAACUUUGAUCACACACGGAUCCUUGGUCAUGGAGGACAUGGCAUGGUGUACAAAGGUAUCUUAUGUGACAAGCGUGUGGUGGCUAUAAAGAAACCUAAGGUCAUCAAGCAAGGCGAGAUUGACCAGUUCAUCAAUGAGGUUGCCAUCCUUUCACAAAUCAACCACAGGAACAUCGUAAAGCUUUAUGGCUGCUGCCUUGAAACUGAGGUCCCACUGCUUGUGUAUGACUUUGUUCCUAAUGGAUCCUUGUUUGACAUAAUUCAUUCUGAUCCAAGCAACAAUGUUUCUUUGUCCUGGGAUGGCUGCCUAAGAAUUGCUGCGCAAGCUGCAGGAGCUCUCUAUUAUCUUCACUCUGCAGCUUCCAUAUCAGUUUUCCACCGUGACGUCAAGUCUUCCAAUAUACUCCUAGAUGCAAACUACACUGCUAAAGUUGCUGACUUUGGUGCAUCAAGAUUGGUGCAUAUAGACCAGACUCAUGUUACAACACAUGUACAAGGCACAUUUGGUUACUUGGAUCCGGAGUAUUUUCGCACUGGGCAGCUAAAUGAGAAGAGCGAUGUGUACAGCUUUGGUGUCCUGCUUUUAGAGCUACUUCUUAGAAGGAAGCCUGUUUUUACCAAUGAGUCAGGAUCAGCUCAGAGUUUAUCUAGUUACUUUCUUGGGGAGAUGCAGGCAAGACCAAUAAGUGAGAUAGUUGCUGCUCAAGUUCGUGACGAAGCAACCGAGGAAGAAAUUAUCAGUGUUGCCUCCCUUGCAGAGAUGUGUCUACGGAUCCAGGGCGAGGAAAGGCCUACGAUGAAGGAAGUAGAGAUGACUUUGCAGCUUCUGCAUACGAAACGUUCGAUGUCAUCUCAUGUCACUCCAGAAAAUGGACGAGCUGAACCUAGUGUCCCGUCUCACUCAGGUAAUGGAGUCGAUCCAGCCUCUGCAGACAGUCAACGAUGUUAUAGCUUGGAGCAAGAGUUCUUAUCAUCUGCUAGCUUGCCGCGCUAA